AGAAGGGGAAAAAAAAACACUGAAAAGAAGAAGGGAAAGGAGCUGAGAGAAAAGCAGCAGAGGAGUUGGAGAAAAGAGCAGCAUUGAUUCGGAAUCCAUCGAAGAGAGCUUGAUCUGUGGAUGAGAAUACUUCGAGGUUUUCUCAGAGAUCCUACGGUGGUCUGCUCAAUCAGGAAAAUUAGUAGCAUUUUCUUGAGGGGAUUGGGUGCCUUAGGGCACUUCAUUAGUCAGCUACCUAUGUAAUCUCAGGGUUGAAGGGAUAUGGACAAGUUUACAGCUGCUUAUUAUCUUAAAGGUACAGUGUACCGCCAAUUACUGGUUUUGACGAUUUGGAUUUGUGUGUCGCAAGAUGUAGUGUCAGAGAAAACUGAACUUCAGAGGAAUUCUCAUGCUCCUGACAAAUUUGUGCUGUCAGAUCCACCUAUUGGCCUCUUCAAGCCAAUAGAAAUUUCACCUGCUGUUAUACCUCGGAAUCCAUAUCCAGUUGAACCACUACCACCCAUGUAUCCUUCCUUCCCAAGUACAUAUGAGCCAAUCUUGACGGGGAAAUGUCCUGUGAAUUUUUCUUCAAUCUCAAGUAUUAUGGAAAAGACAGCAUCAGAUUGUUCAGCACCUUUAGCGGGUCUGGUUGGAAAUGUGAUUUGUUGCCCCCAGGUUAAUAGCUUGAUGCACAUUUUCCAAGGUGCCUACAGCAGUGAAUCUAGUUCCCUAGUUCUACAUCAGAUAGCAGCAGAUGAUUGUUUUUCUGAUAUUAUUAGUAUAUUAGCCAGUAGAGGGGCAAACAGUACUAUCCCUAGACUAUGUUCAGUGAAGUCAUCAAAUCUUACUGGUGGUUCCUGUCCUGUGAAGGAUAUAGCUACAUUUGAGAAAAUAGUUAACACAAGCAAAUUAUUAGAUGCAUGCGACCCAGUUGACCCUCUUAAGGAGUGCUGCAGGCCGAUUUGUCAUCCUGCAAUUAUGGAAGCAGCACUUCACAUUUCAUCAGGAGGAAGUAGCACUUUAGAUAACACUAAUAUGAGUGCUACUGGUAUUGAUGUUAUUAACGACUGCAAAUCGGUUGUAUACGCAUGGCUUGCCAGGAAUCUCUCUCCAGAAGAUGCUAACUCCGCCUUUCGCAUAUUGUCUGGUUGCAAGGUGAACAAAGUUUGUCCAUUGGAAUUCAAGGAGCCUGCAGCUGUAAUCAAUGCAUGUCGUGCUUCAGCCUCUCCCAAUCCCUUGUGUUGUGAUUCAUUAAAUGCAUACAUUGCGGCUAUACAGAAACAGAUGCUAAUAACAAAUAGUCAAGCCAUCAAUUGUGCGACGUUGUUUGGCUCCAUGUUACAGAAAGGUGGUGUUAUGACAGAUGUGUAUGAGCUUUGUGAUGUUGACUUGAAAGACUUCAGUCUGCAGGCUUAUGGCCAACAAGGUUGUCUGCUUCGAAGUUUGCCAGCAGAUGUUAUCUUUGACAAUGCUACAGGGUUUAGCUUUACAUGUGACUUGAGUGAUAAUAUUGCGGCACCAUGGCCUUCUUCAUCUUCUCUAUCAACUUUGUCCCUUUGUGCCCCUGAGAUGUCGUUGCCCGCAUUACCUUUGGCCCAGAACUCUGGAAAGUUAGGCAAUAGCAAAAGUGGAGUCAGCAUUGCUACAUUCAUUCUUUUGCAUCUUAUUUCAAGCAUAACAUUAUAACUACGGGCUUGUGUUCCAAAAAUCCGCCCAGCUGAUUUUGCAGAGGCUGGAGGGAGAUGUCUGUCCACAAUCAGGUUUAGUGUAUAAAUUCAUUAUCUCCACUUUCUUGUAUAGCAGCCGUUUUUGGCAGGCACGUUGCUCAUAUCAGAACAGAGAGAGCUGUGGUGGUUUAUUCAGAGUCUUUUGGUUUUGAGCCUUGAGCAAAUUGUCGAAAGACACGGAAGAGCAAUUGGCAGGGAUACCAUUUGUUCGCCAGAGCAAGAGGUGAAAUACUAAGGUAUAUGUGUUUGAUUUUCACACUGAGAAAUUUGUGUUCUCUAUUCAUUCAAAGUCCUCCCAGCUUCAUCAGAGUGUAGCAGAGGCACCCUUAGUAGCUUGCGGUCGGGAACUGUUGUUUGGACACACGGGGGUAUCAACAAUACGCUCUUGUCAUCUUUUUGACUGAAUUUUUGCUCUGCAUUGCAUUGCAUUCAUUGGAUUCGUAAUUUUCACUUUGUUCUUAUAUACUUAAAAAAAGCAUUCCCACUGCUGUUGCUCUUUGCACUUCAUUUACAGUUAAAAUCUUUUUGCCCACAAGCUCUGGUUUUAUUCCCUUUGGAGAUUUUUUGAAAUGAAUAUGCAGUCACUAGUUGAUUGUUCUUUU